ACAAUGGGGAAAGCUCUUGUCAAAAAAGAGAAGUCUAAAGUCCCAGUAAUCAAAGAACCCCAUUCCCAUCACAAUGUCACAGCAGACAAAACGUCAAAACCUGCAAAAACAACAAGCGGGCAGUCAGAAAUAAGCACAGCUAGGAAAUCUGCUGUGCGCUACUAUCAAUGUGUCUUUGUAAAUGGAUACAAUGGGUACACUUCACAAUAUGCUGUUACUCCAGUUCAAGACAACAAAGGGAAGACUGGACAGUCAAAAACUUCUAGACAGAAGAUCAAGGCACCGAAACAAUAGAGUCAUGCAACCUGUGACAUUGUGACAAUUUUGCACUUUAUGCCCUCUAUGAGGGGCAUGUGAGAACCAUUGGCAUCUAUGAUCAUAGAAAUGUGAUGUGAUCCAUUUGAUUACAUGCUCUCGGAAAGGUUCUCUGCUCUUCUUCAGAACCAGUAGAGUCAAAAAGAGAGGAACAUGUGAUACAACAUUUGAAAGAGUACCUAAGUGCCCCUUUCCUGAAGGAAAGCAUGGUGCUGAAGUUGUACUUGACAACUUGUACUUGCAUAUUUGUGUGUUUUGUACAUCUCCCUGUAUUUCUUAGGCUGUUUCUGUUUUAAGUUUGCAGUUGUAUUUUUCACAUCUUGUUUCCCAUACAAUUAUCUUAAGAUCAAGUGUCCCACUCAAAAAUACUUAAGGACAGGAAUAAUAACUGUAGACUCUUUUUACAGUUAUAACAUGCUAGCCCCCUUUAGGGUGGUUGUCCUUAGGGAACUCAUUAUACAACUGGAAGGUGAUUUGCUUGGAAAUAAGUGAGAAAAUUGUAAUAAAUAUCUCUGUAAAGGUAAGCAGUAUUUUCCAGUUUUUAAAAGCAGAGGGUAGAACAGAUUCUGAAAUUGUCCAGAUCCUGCAAAGAUGAACUAAAUGAAGGAGGAGUUUUGAGUGUUUCAAAAAUGAAUUAGUGGUUUAUAUGCAUUCAUAUGCACUUUUACUAAACUAUUCCAAAUCAUAUUAUGUACUACCAUAAAAUAUAUAUAAGGAGGAAGAGCCAGUUAACUGUCUGGUGGUGGAGAAGCUAAAUCCGAAACAAUGCUACUAUUCAUAAAAAUGUUAAACAUUCAGAAUUUCAGUACUGUCUUAGCAAAUAGGUUAACUUUGAUAUCUAAACUUGAACAAUUUUCAAAGAUUUCCUUUUCUUGGGGAAUGUUUGGAGCUACAUUCCCUUGUAACACAACACAUAACUAAUUUUUAGUGUGGAUACUUGAAAUAAGCACAUCAAUCCUAAGCCAUCUUUUGUUUAUUAUUUGAGACAGUAAGGUGAUUCUUUGGAGUCAUGUUGAUCUAAGUGAAAUCUCUAAACAUCCUUAUUCUAGCUGUCUCUUGAAUAAUAAUGUGUCCUUACAAAUAAGUUCUGUAUUAUAUUAGUUCAGCUCAUCUGUGUUAUUUUGUACUUGUAGUUACAUGUCAUAGAAACCUCAUGAAUGUUUCUAGAACACCUUCUUUAAACAAGUCAGCUUACACAUGCAAACUUUUAUUGUGUAUAGAUUUUAUCUCCAUAGAAGGAUGACCUUACUAAGAGCUGGUGUUAAUUCUAAUGAGAUGGCACAGCACUUCAGGUAACUGUGCCCAAAAUGAAUCUACCAGUUCUCCAUUGUGUUUGGACUCCUUCAUUUCUUCACUUCUAGACUAGACUAGAAGUGACUGGAAUUUCUACUACCUACUUAUGGCUGCCGGUGGAAGGGAUGAAGUCCACUAAGUGUUGGGCAAAAUCACAUAGGCAUUUUUUUAAUGACAGAAGCUUACCGGUAUGGUAAAAAAAAAUCUGUAUAAAUAACUACAUGGCAUUACUAUAGUGAAAAGGAAUACCAUUUGGAAGCAGAGAUAUGCAGUACUGUUUCCAUUACUAGGUACUUUUCCAUAGAUAAGGAAAAUGAAUGGAAGUAUACUGAUGGUGGAACUUUCACUAAAAGUGCCAUUAACUAAUAUUGUAGAAUUUCAUUGCAUUUAUACAAAAAUGUAGAACAAGCUCUUUGUGUGAUAUAAAGGUAAAUGACUUUUUUGGGUCACACUAUGCUUGAUCAAUGAAUGCAGACUAUAAAAAUAUAUAAUGAUGCUUCCUAAGAAUCAUACAGACUUUAUACUCUUCCUGAUCAUUUGGUGAGAUUUCCAGAUUGGCAUCAGGUCAGGAAUGGAGUAUAAUCAACUAAAGACAAAAAUAUUUCUGAACAGAGUUAGGGGACAUGGUUUCUUGUAGAUGAACGCCAUCUACCUCCAAUCUUACCCUCCAGAGAAACCUUGAGGUUCAGUCACUUAUAAAUAUAUACAUAUAAUUUGUGCUUUGCUUGUGAUGCUUAAUAUAGUUGAAUUGGCUUUCCAAAGAUCUGCCAGUUUAAAUCAUAGAUGUGUUUAAAUAAAACACUUAGCACAAGGUUUCUUUCGAAUAUUAUUUGAAUGUUGCCAAGCUUUGUUUAAAGUUUGAAAGCUUUUUCAUUGGGACUGGAAGCUUUUGCCGUCCCAGUUCUCCUAAUGGGAGAAAAACAUCAUAGCAUAUCUGAGAGCAGACUUUGUCUCCUUUUGUCCUGUUACAGGGGUGGCUCAGUUGAAUUGAAUAACUGUCUUUAAUCAUAAUGAUAAAAUAAUAUAACUCUUAACAUUGGCCAUUGAUUUCAGAAAUAUUAAUUACUUUGCUUUCCAGACACUCUGCAUGUUGCUUCCUCUAGUGAAUCCAAUUAAUCUGAAAUCUUGAUGUGCUAUUACUUGAAUCAUUUGCAUUUAUUCAGAGAAACCUAACUCUUGAGUAUAUUUAUUGCUUAAUGAUUAUGCAAAAUAAAUCGGGCAAAAUGAUUGUGGUACAUUUUUAUCAGUGGGAGGAUGGAAAAGGAACUACAUAUGAGUUAUUUGUUUACACAUAGUUCUAAACUUUCUGUCCUUCUAUUUGAAUGAACAAUAAUGAAACAUUAAUUAAUGUCUUUCUACAUUGAUAGUGCUCAUUGUUCCAUAUCCACUCUAUUUCUUAAACCAAAUUUAAUUUUCCAUGUUCUAAUUAUAGAUGAAUUGAGGUGAACCUCAUGUCCACUAACCAGACUACAUAGAUUUGAGGUUAACAAAUAUAUGCUUCAUCACAAAAAUAGAGGACCCAGUGCAAGCUAGAGCCUCAAAAAUAUUUGCAGGACUGAAGGUCCCAGAAUCGGCUACACUGUCUUGAUGGCUAGGGGAUUCAGGGAGUUAUAGUAUACUAAAUAUAUAAGGUUUUAAAAAGUAACUCCUAGCUUGCAUAGUUAGUAUUUCUGGCUUGAUUUUUAUCAGCGUAAUUACAUUUGAUAUACCACACAGGUCAAUCUCAUAAAGGUUGAGAAUGGAGAAUUCAUGGUACAAUAGCAGCUGUUUCCUGCCAUAUCCUGCCAACCAGUUCAAGAAUUAUGAGAGGAACAGGACUUAACGCCCACCCCACCCCACCCCACCCCCCAUUUAUCUUUUUUUCUGUUUCUCCAUUAUUGGUCCUCAAUGUAGGUAAACUAACUCUGUCUCCCAGGUGGUAGCUCUUCACGUGGGGGAGAAUCCAGAAACAGAUGGGGUUUUGAAUAUUAUGGAUUCCAUGCCACACUAUUAUGUACCAGAAAUGCCUCUGGAAGGUCUCCUUUUCAUCCUAGCAAGAAUGCCAUGAUGCCGGAGAGCUCAUGACUACCAUAGAAAAUAUCCAGAUACAGUUCUUCCUUUUCACAAAGAAACCUUCCUCUGCCCACAAGGAAAAGAUCUAGAAAUGGUUUUUGGACCUUGAGCUACUCUACCAGAAUCCAUAGGCCUGGAUCUAAAAUAAGGCAACAGCAUUAGAUGAGCUAAGCUCUCAAGAAAACUGCCAUCACCUAAAUCGAAAAUACACCCAAUUACCUAUUUAUAAUAAAAAUAAAUUUUAAAUUGAAGUUCAGAUCCAUAUUUUCUGCCUAAAUACUGGGAUGUAAUAUGUAAUUUUCAUAAUCCCAGAGUUGUCUUCCAUUUUCUUCUGUAGAGUGAGAGUUUCAGGAAGUAAACCUUAGGAAAGGUGGGGGGAAGUGCUGUUGACAAAUGUAUUUCACUUUUGAUCAAUAAUUAUUAGAACAAUAUCUAAGUCCAGUUUCCAAGAUAUCUAGUAUCUCUAAUCUUUAAUAAGCAUAUUCUAGUUGCCCAUUUAAUAUUACCAAGCACUGGGAAUGGGAGUAACAUAUAGCUAAUGAAAGAAAACUGUUGACUUAAGAAUUGGUCAAAAACAGGAAGUUGCAUGUGCAAAGCAAAUAAGGACAUUAGAAAUAUGACUAGGAAGGUGAGUGGAAAUAAAGGAGCAGAAAAUCUGAGAUAAAUUAUAUAGUAAACAUUUUCCAUAGGAGGAAAUGAAAUCAUUCUAUAAUGUAUGCAGAAGUGAGAAUAAGGGAAGGACAUAGAAAACUGGGAAGUUGGGAAAUGAUACAUUUCAGAUAAUGUGCAUUGGAGAAGUGAAUGGGAACAUUAAGGAGUAGCUAUGAGAAAAGAAAAAAAAUGAUCAUGAGUUUUGGGAUACAAGGGCUAACAAGUAAUAAGAUAUGUUUACUAAAUACUGAAGAACCCCACUAUGGAAGAAAACCAAACUGGAUGUUUGUUAGUCUUCUUGUGCAACUCUCACAAUAGCUUAUACCUAUGUAUGAACGUGGAGAUCAUAGCACAGAUCUCAAUGUGAAAUAAUCUUUUAGCAUGAGAACAUAUUUCACUUAUUUCUAUGUGAGCUCAGGCCUGGGGAGGAGCUCUGGAUACCUCACACACAGAUUGAAAGCCCAUCAUGUGCAAACACAUUAAGGAGACCAGAAAGCUUGUCAACUCAUUUUAUACAUUUUAUUCAACCUCGUCCCACAUCCUCAAAUUUCUGUCCCUUGAUAAUUUCUGUCCCUUAACAGAGGGAAAGAGUAGAUGGCUACAUGAAAGAUCCUCACAAGAUUUCCAUUCUUUCUAAUGAUCUGGUACAUUCCACUUUCAUGCAUCGCAGAGAAAGAUAACUGGCCUGUUCAGCAACCUAUGAAAAUGCCUGGCUGAGUAUGUGCUGUUUCAAUGACAGGACUACAUAUACGUCCCCAUGUACUCAAUGUAAAUCACCCUGUGCUGUCAAUUUAGGAAUCUAAUGUGAAGGGAGCAGAAGGCUUUAUAGACUAUACUACCAGGAAACCCUUGAGCUCUUCAAAACAGACAGGACUGCAUACAGGUUCUUUUUAUUUCACAAUAUAAAGCCAUUAAUCUGAAAUCACUAUGCUGCUAAGGAAGAAGUCUUACUGAAUUCAAUGGAACUUAAAUACACAUGGUUUUAUUCAAAUAGGAAGUCAAAAAUUCUGUUCAACUUCUUCCUAAUGCUUGGUAAAUGGAAAUUUAUUUAGACUUCUUGUGGACAACUGUGGCCUUCAAAUGUUAUCGGACUGCAACUAUCUUGCCUCAGGCUGUUCUAGCUAGGUUUGAUAGGAGCUGUAGGCUAAAAGCAUUUGGAUCACCAUGGUUUUCCAUCUGUGCAUUAGUUCUAGGAGGGUUGCUUGCUAGUUUUUGAAUUAGAAAUAUUCGUACAAUUUCAGUUCAUUUCACAGUAUUUUCAUGGUUUCUAGAUUGCACAUGAAAAAAUGGGAUCUUCUUGUGAUGAAAACUGAGUCCCAACCACAUCCUUAAAUUAAAAUUAAAAUGAAAACAAAGACAAGAUCACUUUGAUGUUGAAUUGGGUGUGACUGUGAUUUUGCUAUUUGAUAAAUAUCAUUGUAUGCUGCUAAUAAAAUGUUUUCCUUUCUAAAACUA